AUGGCGUCCAUGAAACUCGUUCAUCUCUUUCGACGUUACCUCUCGAUCGUUCUUACUCUCUUUCAAACCCUAAUCUCACGUUUCUUCGAUUUUCCAAUACUAAUCAAGAUCGCAGAUUCCUUCUUAUCUCUGUAUUUCCUCGUUUUCUGCGAUCUCCGACCCGUAACCGUCGAUCUAGACGACGGAGAAAGCACCGUACAUUUCUGGAUCUCCGGCCACCGAAGAAUCUCCCGACCGAAUCUCGUCAUGCUCCACGGAUACGGAGGAAACUCGAAAUGGCAAUUCGUCCACCAAGUCUCCGAUCUCUCCAAAUCUUUUAACCUAUUUAUCCCCGAUUUGGUCUUCUUCGGUAAAUCAUACUCCAAGAAUCAAGAUCGGAGCGUUGAGAUUCAGGCGAGCAGCAUCGUCGGAGGAUUGAAGAAAUUAGGAUGCGACGGAGGAGGAAGAGGGAAGAUCUCUGUUUAUUCGAUUAGCUACGGUGGGUUCGUGGCGUAUAAAAUGGCGGAGAUAUGGCCGGAGAUGGUGGAGAAACUGGUGAUUGUGAGCAGUGGAGUUGGGUUUACGCAGCAGGAGAAGACGACGGAGAUGAGAAAACACGGUGGAGAUUAUUGUUCGGAGAUUCUUGUUCCGAAAACUCCGAUGGAUUUACGAACGUUGGUUAGAAUUUCGAUGAAUACUGGUUUAAAGUUUCUUGAUUGGGUUCCUGAUUUUAUACUCUCUCAGUUUAUAACUGUAAUGUAUGAGAAGAAUCGGCAGGAGCUUCUUGAGCUAGCUAAGAAUUUGUUGGAAAGAGAAGAGGAACCAGAAUUGCCUGUAAUAUCACAGAAAACAUUACUCGUUUGGGGUGACAAGGAUAAGGUUUUUCCCUUGGAGCAUGGUUAUCGGCUGCAAAGGCAUUUGCAGAGUUCAAGAUUAGAAAUCAUCAAGGAAAUUGGACACGCUGUUAACAUGGAAGCACCAACUACUCUUAAUAAUUUGAUUACUUCGUUUGUGUUGAGUGUUUGA